CAUUCUGGAACGGUUGCAGCAAAACAACUCGUUCAAGCGCCAUUUGGUGCGACUUGCUCUUCGCUAGCGGACUGGAUUUGGCGCACGCAUUUGUCUGACUCUUUCUUUUCACGGCACGGACGAGCUGUGCUGUAGAACUCAAUCGGUACUGCGGCGCUCACGGCUUAGUAGUAACUUGCAUGUACAUUUGUAGGAAGGCCACCAACUGAGAGAAGCGAGAAACAUUCUUUUCCCCCCUCCUGCGUCUGAUCUUUUCCGUGCGGUGCGGAGAAAGUAAUCGUAAGUCCUUAGCAACUGCAAUCACCCGCUCUCACCGACCGCAGCGUCCACGCAGCGUUUGUGAGAAGCGCGAAGGAUGGCAACCAAUGGAGGUAAUCUUCUCUCUGGCAAUCCGCUGGUAGUGUUCCAGCCCCACAACGAGCCUCACUCGCGCGGUGUUCAGUUUUCUAGUUCCGACCCAGAGAGCAUUGUGAGCCAGGACGGGGAUCGUCGACAGCGCGUUCCCAACUCCAAGGAGGAUCCGUACCGGAACAUUCUGCGGCUGACGGCACGCUUUCCACCGCUCGCUAUGCAACCAUCUAAUACGCAUACAUUCAGCCAGCCCGGCACCGCAUUCCUCACGAAUCAGACUGCGUACUAUAACGACGAGGCGUUCGCGGUGGCUCUCACGGCAGCACACGUCUUAUGUCCGGACAUGAGUUCGGUUCGCGAGGGUGCGGACGCCGCUAAAGCGCUGUUCUGUCGCCGUCCCGACAACUUGGCCACGAGCCUUGUCGUCAAGGUUGCGGUGAACGGCAGUGGACGCGGUGUGCAGGACCGGCCGUACAAGACGUUUGAGAUCUACCGGCAAAAGAGCGCCAUGUCGGCCGCCUCCGAUUGUGGCUGGUACGAGGUGUCGCCGAGCUGGUACAGCAAGUGUGAUGGAUACAUGCCCCCCGAUUGGAAAGAGGACUUCGGUGCUCUGUUCUUGAAAAAGUCCAUGCUGCCUGCAGAGUGCACUGGCUUCUCCACAUGCGACGACCCAGCCGUGUUCAACUUGGCGCAGUACGGCGACGUUGUUUGCGCCGGCUAUCCGAAUGACAAGCCCCCGGAUACCCUCUGGAUGUCAGUGGGUCGCAUCCGCCGACCGGACGUCGACACCAGGUACCUCUCAAUCUCGAGCAGCGGCAGCAGCGGCAGUGGCAACAGCAUACCGCAGUUUGAGCAUGACGCCGACACGGAGACCGGCCAGUCGGGCAGCCCGCUGUUCAUAUCCACCCAGUGCAGCACUGACGACAGCCCUGCCAGUACCGGAGCCAGUACAGCUGGCCGGGCUCAGCACGUAGCCAUUGCAAUUCAUCACAAGGGUGCACCGAGAGUGGGCGCAUCCAACACCCUGAUCGUGGCCUGCAACGAGGCACUGCGUGUUGACCGGGCCUUGAUGGCAAAGGUGCUCGAAUUCAAGCCACCUGCAGAGUGGCUGACAACGCUUCAACGACGCCAGCUGCCGGGAAAGGAUGUGCCAGACAUCGCAGACAAACUUCAAUCGCUGGCUCUGUCAACGCCUCCGCUACGUGGCGCGCAUGAGUCCCUUCCGACUGCGUGUGGUGAUGAAUCGCAGGUGUCAGCUGCGGCACCCGUGGUUGGUUCUAGUUUCCAGCACUACUCAACCAUGACGAGUGUUGCCAUGACGAGUGUUGAACCGCUCAGCUCCACAUGUAGCUCCGGCUCUACGUCAGCCCAGUCAUCAAUGCACUACUCAACCAUGACGAGUGUUGAACCGCUCAGCUCCACAUGUAGCUCCGGCUCUACGUCAGCCCAGUCAUCAAUGCUGGAUAGUCUAACCCCACCUCAAGCCACGGGUCCCAUCAAGAUUACGCAGGAGCCACUGCGGCACGUCAGGGCACCUUUCGGUGAGAAUGUUAGACUGACGUGCGAGGCGAUGAGCUGCGAGGGCGGCACCGGUGACUUGUUUUACCAGUGGUACUACACACUGCGGGACGAGCCGAUCCAGUCCGGCCAGGUCCUGAGACUCAACAACGUCCAGAAAGGCUGCAGUGUCUACUGCACAGUGUCCAGCGAACGUGGCUAUCGAGUCACAAGCGUAAUCAGUGAGAUAACAAUCGGUGGACCAGAAACCAAUUCUUCAGCUCACCAGAGCAAUCCGGCAGCGGGUUUAACAUCGUCAUCAAGUACUAGUACAUCUGCAGCCGGUAUAAGCGGUGUAGAAGGCAAUCAUGCUGCUGCCAUUGAUGCCGCUGCGGCGUCUUCUCCUCCGGCUAACCCGUGGAACAGGCCGGAGAUGUCCGCCGUGGCAGAGCGCUUGAAGGCGCGGAUGGACGCCACGCCGGUGUGCAAUCGCCUGCUGCGUCAGAGCUACUUGUCGGAGUCGGACAUUGAGACCGUAACGGCGGCCGUGCAUGCCGCGUCCAAGAAUGCCCUGAUCAUUGACAAGAUCAAGUCGGCUGGCUGGAGAUCGUUGGAAGCGCUCUACCAAGCGCUUGUUCUGACAUCUCAGGAGCAGCUCGCUUCAGCGCUGCAUGAGAAGGCCAAGGAGCUUCCAGGCUAUCCGCACUUUCAGCACAUUGCAGCGCCAAGAUCUCAGCGAGGCCAACGGACGAAACUGACGAAGGAGAACAUUGACAGAUGCAAGGAUCGGCUGAGUCCGGAGCAAAUUGCGGCAGUCAGCAUGCGCUUCUGCAACGAAACCCGCCUGGUGCGCUUUGCGUUGAAGGCAGGCCUGUCGGUGAAUGACCUGGAGGUGCAUUGCGGACAUAACAGUAAAAUUGAAAUCCAGACUGUAGCCGUGAAUGUGGUAACGUACUUGGUUCAGGAGCGAGAGUUCACCGUCAGGAAGAUAUUGAAGGUGGCCAACCACACUGGGUGUCGGCUGAGCGUGCGAGAUGCUUUGCUGGAGGCAGAUGACGCGCCAGUGGAGAGCGACGAAAGCAACUGAGCAGGCAGUGUGCUAUAGGCUCAGGAGAGUACUGCCGUCACUGUGAGGCUUACCCUUGCAUUUAGAGAGAGAGCAUCCCCGGCCGGUGUGCUGAGACAGAGCACUGCGGCGAUACUGGUCAGCUGUCACCGUCUUUCCACGGUCAGCGUGGUCUCAUUGCAUGCUGCCACGGGGCUGCUGGACUGCCAGUGAGUCCAGGUCAAAUCUACAGUGAUCACAACAGGCCAGGCCCUUUCUUAGCCCGGGUAUCGAGACUCUUUCACCGCAUGAUGCUCUGUGUAGUGUGGUGUAAAAUACCAAUGCAUUGCCAAUACUGCCACCAACAGUAGUUAUGUCAGUGAUGCCGGAUUUGGUUGUUUGGCAGAUUUUCUCUCAGUUUGCUUCAGAAACAAAAUUUAGAAUCAUAAUACAAUUAUGCCUAUCUAAGAAAUGCAUGACCUAAAAGGAAAGAAGACAAACUCAACUAACGAACUUGAAUCCACCAUUCUGGAUGGGAAUGACCUCUGAACGGUGUCAGGACAGGCAUUGCUGACUUUAAAACCUGCUAUUCUGGGGAUCGGUACAAUUUAUAAUACAUGCUUCUGUAUUACUGCCUCAUAAAAUGAGCAAUUCGCGGCCGUUUUGAGCUACUAACUUUUGCUAAUGUUUUUUUACUAACCUGCAUCAUCUGGCAUGAUUGCUACCUCUCUCGAGUAUGAUAAUAUUAGCAAUCAAUGUUGGAUUUUUUUUAAAUAGCCCUACUAGUACCUGGUACCGUAGUCGCAAUGUCGUAAAUAUUUUUAACAAAAUUUUAUUUAAAAGAAGACUGAGGUUUUAUAAACAUGAUUUGCGAUGUCUUACGCCUCGAUUCCAUGUCUGGCCAUUGUGCUAUUUUGUUGUAAGGACUACUCGGCUAAAAAAAAGCCCUGCAGGCUAGUCUCGUGGCAGCAUUUGAGAAUCCCACACACAAGUGUCCACCCUUGAAGCCCCCCCCCCCCCCCCCCUGCUGUCUCUAGCUGUACUACCCAUCAUGCUAACUAAAGCCAAAGAAGAGGGACUCGAGUUGAAUUCAGACGUUGCUAUUAAAAUAUCUUUACUGCCGUGUCAUGCUUGAUAACAUCACUUUUAUAACUAUACAUGUCAAUACGA